AUGGCUAAGCUCGUCUUCACAGCCUGGAAGACGAAGUCGCAGUUGCUCGAUGUGCGAAACGAGUUUUACCCGUUGCCCUCGUAUGAUGGGCCGGACAUGCGCUCGCACGCUUGCGCGACGGUUGAGGCGUGGAAGUUGAGAGGCAAUGUGCCGCACCAUGUUGAGGCUACGGCAUUGUUGACGGAUGCCAUUUUGCACGAUGAUGUACAGCGCAAUUCGAUAUUUUCAAUCCGGGCAACGUACUCGGCUGCUUUUUGUCGUUUUGUCACAGGGCUUGUGGACACAAAGAUUCACGGCCAGCGCAAGACCAUGUUCCAGCGUGCCGUGGACCUUGGCCUCCCUGCCUCCUUUGUUGAGCUGCGGCACGAAGCGACGCAUCGUGAGCCGCCGUCCUUGGUCGUCCUGCGUAAAGCAUCACAGCGCUCGCUAGAGUGGCUGUGGGAAAACUACUGGGCCACCAUUGAUAGCGAUGAAUUGGGCGGUGCCCGAGACGUUUCUCGGGAUGACAGCGUUUCCAUCGUUAUGAAUCUGAGAAACGCGGUGCAGAAGUUGACUUCUGAGUCUGGUUGCAUGGAUCCCGCUAGAAAAAAGCGCAAACGAGACCAGGAAGAUGCAGUUGCGGAUCGGCUGGUCUCCAUUUGUGCUAUUUCAAGCGAGGCAUCGAGCCCGGGGGUGCAUCUUUUGCCUCGGGUUUUGUUAGAUGAGGGAGUGUUGGUGGACUCGGAGCGCAAACUAGGGGAAUCUAUGAAUGCGGUCUUCAAGAAGUGGGACCCUAUCCUGCAGAAAGUCACGAACAAUCAGCCUACAUUCUUGAUGCUUUUGUCUGAGGAGCUGGUGCAUGACCUUGUGCUUGACCCAGUUCGCGACUCACUCACAGAUCCCAGAGCAGAGGCUCUCUUCCUGUGGUUGGAGCACCUGUUGACAUCAUCUAGCUGGGGUUCUCAACAAUCAUUCUGCCCUCGUGGUUACAUUCUAAGCAUUUGCAGCGAGAACCCAACUCACUGGGCCAAGAUGUUGAGCGGAGAGUUACAGAAGCAAAAGAGUUUCUGUGAGAAACUAUCUAUUGAUGGCUCGAUGUCUAAAGAUCAAAAAAAUGGAUCCUCAAAGGCAAAUAUUCACACUAGCCCCGAUAAUAUUGCCGAGAAACUUUGGGAACAUGGCUGGGGUCCGGUGGAGAAAUGGGACAGUCGACCUUUGGGGGUGACAUCGGCUAACUACGUUGGCAUUGUUUAA